UCCUAACCUUCAAUUAACAAGACAAUAUACGGCAGUCCCUGUUUCAACUUCAUCAAUACCUAUAUAAAAGCUCAUUUACUAUAGUUAAUAUGAAUUUUCUACUCUCAUUGAAUUCAACUCAAUUUUAUCCUAGAACUAACCUUGAUAUGUUCUAAGCGACCUCUUGCUGACUUUACAAUCUUGGAACCUAACGAAUUUAGCCCAAUUUUUCUUUAUUACUCUGAUUUAUAAAGAUCGGAUCGCGUCGUUCACGUACCAAACGUCACAAAUCGCACAUGGUUGGUGUUGCUGGAAAGUCGCAAGCCUGCAACGCUUGUAGGCAAAAGAGACUAAAGUGCGACUUGACGCGACCGUCUUGCCUGAAGUGUAUCAAAUCGGGUAAAGCAUGCACUGGAUAUAGUCGGGAUCUUAUUUUUGUCAAUAGAACUCCGUUGGAUCGAUCAAUUACUGCGACGUCUGUGCUGUCAGAGCGCAGGGCUCAGCAGCAGCAGCAGAAGGGCGGAACAGUCAAUUCAAACGCAGAAACCGAGCUUCAUCUUCUAUUUUCCGAAUCUUCUCAUGACAAUGAAAAAUUUCGGAAGCAUGCUAUUAAGAUAUUAGAAGCUACGUAUCUUCCGAAACAGCUAGUCCCUAGCAAUUCUAAACCUGAGACCAACGAAGGAAGUUUUUCAUGGGUGUACUAUCUGACAGACCUAACUGAGCCCAGUAAAUCACUGGAUACUUCCCUUUUCGCAUUCUGCCUUACCCAAUUACACAUUACCGGCACGGAUCAAGUGUCACUUUAUGAAUGUCUCGAACAGUAUAAUGCCGCUCUACAACACCUCUCUUCCGAUCUGGAUGACUUGCAGAAGCGAUCUCAAGAGGAAACGCUAGCCGCUAUUAUAGUUCUAUCAACAUGCGAGCUCUUCGUAUGCCCCGCAGGAGGGGGUUGGGGUGUUCACGCGCGUGGCUUAGCUGAAAUUAUUCGAUUGCGCGACCCGGAAACGCCCAAUACUCCAGCGUGGCGCCAUUUAUUCUCACGUUUGAGAAUUGUCUGUACCCUUGACGCUCUAACGAAGCGACAAGCCCGGAUUCUCGAAAAUAACAUUUGGCACCAGAUUGUAGCCGAAUCUGGGUUCACUGGUCCUCUUGACGAGGUUUAUACGAUAAUUUCAGAUGUCCCCGCUAUUCUUGAGCAAGCGGUUGCUCUGCCUUCGAUUGAUGAUUUAGAUAUUUUCUCGAAAAAGUCAGCAGUAAUCAUACAAUCAGUGUUGGAUGUAGCAGAAGCUGUCAGGUCCUGGCGCGACGAAUUCUGCAAACCUUCAUCGAAGCCUCACGCUUGGCUGGUACCAAGCUCCGUCACCAAUCCGGCCGAGACCGGUCUUUCGGACAAAAUGUUUCCGCUUUGCUUUGAGUUUGAAUCUCUCGGUGUUGCGGUUCCUAUCGUCAUGUGCUGGUCCGUCGCCGCUCAGCUAUAUAGCCAUGUUAUCCAGAUAUUUGAGUUGGCGCAAACAAGACUCGGCCGUCAUAUCACGCUUGAGUAUAUCCUGGCUCAAGUCAAUCCUACUCAAGCAGGUGCGAUGAACCUCUCACAGUCCUCGAACCAAGACGUUCUGAUUCCUGCUGUGGAUGACGUUCAAAAGAGAGGCACUGAGAUGGCGCACUGCAUUUGCCAAUCAUUAGAAUAUUUCCACCGUAUUGAGAUGGGGACGUACGGCGGCCAUGCGACAACUUAUCCAUCUUGGAGCGCUCGGCAGUACUUUCGCUUACAUGCCGGUCAUGAGCGAGAGAGGUUAUGGUUACAGAACUUACAUAAGAUGGAGGGCCCCGGGACCCGCUGGGGAUUGUCAUUAAUGACAUUCGCAGAUAUCAUCAAGUCUUUGAGUGAUUUGUCAGGAUGAGCGUUAUGUUAUUCGCGAUGUUCUUUAAUAACGGUAGAUCCACUUCAACUAGCCUCCCGACGUCGCACCCACUCUUGCCAAGCAUUUUUCAACGAAAGAUGAUACCGAAUUAGGAAGUCUAUCUCAACUGAGUUUACUAAUACUAAGGUAUUCAGGAAUAAUAUCUAACCAAAUAGAUGUGUAUAUAUAUCAGAUUCCUUCCCAGACGGCGGCUUUCAAGCAUGGUUCUGCAUUGC